AUGGGAACUAAUGGUGAUAUUCCAACAUUAAUUGUACUUGUCUUGGGCGAUUCCAGUGUAGGCAAAACAUCAUUUGUUCAUACCGUUUGUCAUGAUCAACCAUUAUCAUCGCCACCACCUGUCACUGUUGGUUGUCAUAUUGAGAUAAAGUUGUAUGAACGACGUGAUCGACAUCAAAAUCCAAAUCUGUUUUUUAUUGAAUUUCAUGAUGUUGGUGGAAGUGUACAACAUAAAAAUAGUCGAUCAUCAAUGUUUUAUGAUGACUUUAAUGGGAUUAUACUUGUAUCUGAUUUGACGAGUCGGCCAUCGUAUGAUAAUCUUAAAGAAUGGCUUGAUGAAGUUAUUCGUUAUCGAUCACAACAAAAACUUCCGACAGAGUUUACAUCAGAAGCAUUAAAAAAUUUCGAUAUACCACUUCUAUUAGUUCAUACAAAAUUUGAAGAAUCUAAAGCAACAUCAUUAUUAAAUAAUAGUAAAUCACCAAAUAAUAUUAAUAAUCAUUCAUUUUCAUCAAGUAGUUUAUUACCAAAUUACAAUCGGAAAUCGGUACUAGCUAAUUUACUUAAUUGUGAUGAAAUAUUUAUUGAUUGUUAUUCAAAAAAACAGUUUUCAAAUGAUACACCUAAUGUUGCCAAAUUAAAUUCAUUUUUUGAGAAAAUUUAUACGCUUGAUACUCGUACAGGUUAUUCUGUAUUAGAGAUGAUGAUAAAAGCAUUAGAAAAAGCAUCAGGUAAAGCAAUUCCUUAUAAAGAAUGUCUUCGACGUCCAGGUAACCUUGCAAUUGUUUAUGCUGAUUUAUCAUUAGCAUUUAAAGAACUUGGAUGGACAGCUCAACGAGAUUUAGAUGAAAUCUAUAAAGGUUUAUGA